UUUUUUUUCUACUUGUUUCUUUCUGUUUCUCUAUUUUUUACUUUUUUCUUUUUUUCUUAUUUUCUUGACAUUUAAUCUAUCUUACUUCAUUUAAUCUAUAUACCUUUUAUAAUCAAAGCCAUGACUGGUGAUAAUUGGACGCUACAAGUCAAAUCAUUAGAACAAGAGACGCAAUCGGUAACUGUACCAAGCGAUGCUUCUGUGUUACAACUCAAAGAUGCUAUUCAACCUGUAUUUGAUAUUGCCAGUGAACGUCAACGUCUUAUCUUUCAAGGAAAAGUUCUUAAAGAUGGGAAACAACUUGCGGAAUAUGCAAACCUAAAAGAUGGCAUGAUCAUUCACUUGGUGGCUAGGCCUAUUGAUGCUCCUAGCAAUCCUUCCAAUGACGAUCCUCAAACUAAUACAUCAAAUACAUCUAGAGGACAAGCGUCAAAUCGUUUCCCUGGUAUAUUGAGACCACCCGAAGGUUAUACCUUUAUUACCAUUGAUGCUAAUAUCGGAAGUCUUGGUGGUGAUAACAAUAACCCAGAUAUUGGUGGUAUUCUCCAAAACUUAUUUAAUGGCAGUUUGGGUAGACGUAACACUCAAAACACUUCAACUCUCAAUGGACAAUCAGAUAAUAAUAAUAAUACACAGAAUACUCCUAUGACCUCCAAUCGUAAUAGAACCAGAUCAAGCAAUCUUGUCAACUUUGAUUUUAAUUUUAAUAUGGAACCAACUGCCAAUACCUCUUUACUUGAAAACACUCUCGGAUAUGCCAGUGCACUUCCACCUCUUGAACUACGGUUGACCCGAGCUCUAGCAGCCAUUGCAAAUAUACAGACUAGUUUGAACGGAGACCUAUCAGAUUCAGAUGCCAACGCGUUCACCUGGUCGAAUAUUAGCAAUGCAAGUCCUGAACAAAAUCAAACUUUCAGAUCAAGAUUAAGAGCAAGUGGAACAAGCGAAACGGCACAAAUUGGAAUGGUACUAGAAGAAUUGGCAAAUGUGAUGGAAUCAAUGACACCAAGAUUACGUCAGCUAGCUCAAGAAGCUCAAUCCAACACUGAACAGACUGAUUCUGAGGGAAGAAGUGAAACGGUAUGAAUAAGAAAAAUAGGAGUAUAUUGAUUACUUAACUCCUUUUUUUUUUUUUUAUAUAUA